GCAAGGAAUCAUGGGUGGUGGUCUGUAUUCAAAAUGGCGGAAGGGGACAGUAUAUUCUCUAAGAUCAUUCGGAGAGAGAUACCAUCAGAAUUCCUCCACGAGGAUGACCAGUGCGUCGCCAUCAAGGACAUUAAUCCCCAGGCCCCGGUGCAUUUCCUGGUUAUUCCAAAGAAGCCAAUACCUCAAUUGUCCAAGGCAGAUGAUUCAGAUGAACAAUUGUUAGGCCAUCUACUUGUGGUUGCCAGAAAGGUUGCAGCAGAACAGAAUCUGGCUAAAGGCUUCCGUGUAGUGAUCAAUGAUGGUAAAGAUGGAGGCCAAGAGGUGUAUCACAUUCAUAUCCAUGUUUUGGGCGGACGCCAGCUGACUUGGCCACCAGGCUAGUCAAGGCUUUGUCAUCUCAACUAGCCUCUGAACCCAAGGUUAGUAAAAUGAAAAAGAGCCUGGCCUAUAUUUUAGAGUUUAG